AUGCCACAGCCCACACCUGCGCGCAAAUCCCUCCUACAUCUCCUCCACGGCAUGGUAGAUCUGCACAGCGAGCCGUCGGCGAUCCCUCCGCUCCCAACGACAACCAAGACCGCCACCGGAAUCCCGAACGAAUCAGCCCCCGCGAGCAACACCGACCAGGACCACAAAAAGCACCUUGCAUGGAUCUACCCGCUCGUUGUGCGGGCCGUGCCGGUAGCCGGGAAGGAGCAAGAUGACGGCGAGGUUCUUCAGGCUCUCGGGAAGGUUUUACAUGAGGUUGGUGGUGGUGGGUAUGUGUAA